UCUCUGUUGGACAUCCUUCCACAAGUGUGACAAGGAAUUACUCUAUUCACAAAGUAUAGUGGGCUGUGCAAAAUGGUUAGCCACCUAGAGUCCAGAAGGAAGGAAGGAGAAGUGCCUACAGUAAGAUAGUAGGAUCUGCUAUUGGAUCCAAUGGCAAGUGCUAUUGAAAUGCACAUCUCUGCUGAUUUAGAAAAGGUCUUUGCCUGGUUUAUAAAGCAGGGUGCUGUGUCUUUAAGAACAGGCUAACCCUAUGGGAGGUGCACUUGUCACUCAGGUAUUACUAGCCAAUCAGGCCCUCCAGGUAACUUGUCAGUCAGAAGUGGUGGCAGGGCCUUUCCUGGUUCCGGCUUGGCAGUGAAGUGAAAGUGGAGCUAGUCCUGUGUGCUGUUCAACUGAAAAUCCUCCAGGAAACUGCAUGGAGCGCUUGGGAAAGCAAGGAAACCGCGACGUGAAUGCAGUGACCUUUGAUGAUGUGCAUAUUGAUUUCACUUGGGAAGAAUGGACUUUGCUGCAUCCUUUCCAGAAGAAUCUCUACGAAGAUGUUAUGUUGGAGACCUACAGGAACCUCACUAUUAUAGGAUACAGUUGGGAAGACCAUAAUACUGAAAAGCAUUCUCCAUGGUCUAGAAGAUAUGAAAGGCAUGAAGGAAGUCAAACUGGAGGAAAAUCUUAUGUAUACCCUCAAAGUGUUAAAGCUGUUGCAUGUGACAGUCAUCUUCAAAGGCAGAAAAGAACACAUACUGAAGAGAAAUCCUAUGAAUGUAAUCAGUGUGGUAAAACCUUUGCACGUCACAGUCAUCUUCAAAUGCAUAAAAGAACACAUACUGGAGAAAAACCUUAUGAAUGUACUCAGUGUGGUAAAGCCUUUGCAUGUAUCAGUACUCUUCAUAGACAUAUAAGAACCCAUACUGGAGAGAAACCCUAUGAAUGUAAUCAGUGUGGUAAAGCCUUUUCCCGUAAUAGUAAUCUUGAAAUACAUAAAAGAAUACAUACUGGAGAGAAACCCUUUGAAUGUACUCAGUGUGGUAAAGUCUUUGUAUGUUACAAUAGUCUCCGAAUACAUGAAAGAAUGCAUACUGGAGAGAAACCCUAUGAAUGUAAUCAGUGUGGUAAAACCUUUGCAAGGCACAGUCAUCUUCAAAUGCAUAAAAGAACACAUACUGGAGAAAAACCUUAUGAAUGUACUCAGUGUGGUAAAGCCUUUGCAUAUAUCAGUACUUUUCAUACUCAUAUAAGAACCCAUACUGGAGAGAAACCCUACGAAUGCAAUCAGUGUGGUAAAGCAUUUGCCAGUCACCGAAAUCUUGAAAUACAUAAAAGAAUACAUACUGGAGAGAAACCCUAUGAAUGUAAUCAGUGUGGUAAAGCCUUUGUAUGUUACAAUAGUCUCCAAAUACAUGAAAGAACACAUACUGGAGAGAAACCCUAUGAAUGUGAUCAGUGUGGUAAAGCUUUUGCAUGUCACAGUCAUCUUCAAAUUCAUAAAAGAACACAUACUGGAGAAAAACCGUAUGAAUGUACUCAGUGUGGCAAAGCCUUUUCAGGUAUCAGUACUCUCCAUAGACAUAUAAGAACACAUACUGGAGAGAAACCCUAUGAAUGUAAUCAGUGUGGUAAAGCCUUUGCCCGUCACAGUAAUCUUGAAAUACAUAAAAGAACCCAUACUGGAGAGAAACCCUACAAAUGUAAUCAGUGUAGUAAAGCCUUUGUAUAUUACGGUAGUCUCCGAAUACAUAAAAGAAUGCAUACUGGAGAGAAACCCUAUGAAUGUAAUCAGUGUGGUAAAGCCUUUACAUGUAACAGUCAUCUUCAAAUGCAUAAAAGAACACAUACUGGAGAGAAACCCUAUGAAUGUACUCAGUGUGGCAAAUGCUUUGCAAGUCAGAGUCAUCUUCACAUUCAUGAAAUAACACAUACUGGAGAGAAACCCUAUAAAUGUACUCAGUGUGAUAAAGCCUUUACAUAUCGCAGUGUUCUUCAAAGGCAUAAAAAAACACAUACUGGAGAGAAAUCCUAUCAAUGUAUUCAGUGUUAUAAGGUCUUUGCAUGUAUCAGUACUCUACAAAGGCAUAUAAGAACACAUACUCGAUAGAAACCCUAUGAAUGUAAUCAGUGUGGCAAAGCCUUUACCAGUCAGGAUUAUCUUCUCACUCAUAAAAGAACACAAACUGUAGAAAAACCCUAUGAAUGCACUCAGUGUAGUAAAUCCUUUGUAUAUAAGAAUAAUCUCUGAAUACAUGAAAGAACCACACUGGACAGAGACCUGUGUGUGUAAUCACUGUGGUAAAGCCUUUGCAUGUAAUAAUCAUCUUCAAAUGCAUAAAUGAACACAUACAGGAGAGAAACCCUAUAAAUGUAAUCAGCAUGGUAAAGUCUUUGCAUGUCACAUUGAUAUUCAAAGGCACAAAACACAUACUUGAGAAAAAUCCUUUGAAUGUAAUUAUUGUGGUAAAGUCUUUCGUAAGUCACAGUCAUCUUCAAAACCAAAAGAACACAUAAUGCAGAGAAACCCCAUGAAUGAAAUCAACGUAGUAAAGACUUUGCAUAUCUCAUUGGUCUUCAAAGGCAUAAAAGAACACAUACUGGAGAGAAGCCCUGUAAUGUAAUUAAUGUAAUGAAGCUUUUGGAUAUUGCAGCAUUCUUCAAAGGCAUAAAAUAACACAUACUUGAGAAAAUCACUAUGAAUGUAUUCAGUGUUGUAGCCUUUUCAUGUCACUGUCAUUUUCAAAUGCAUAAAAGAACACAUACUAGAGAGAAGCCCUAUGAAUGUAAUCAGAUGGUAAAGCCUUGAAUGUCAUGGUCACCUUCUGAUGCACAAAAAAGCACAUACUUGAUAGAAACCCUAUGAACAUACUCAGUGUGGUAAAGUCUUUGGCAUGCCACAACUAUCUCCUUAUACACACUGGAGAGAAAACCUAUAACUAUAAUCAGUGUGGUAAAGGUGUGCAUGUAGUAGUUAUCAUCAAAUGCAUAAAAGUACUCUUACUGGAGAGAAACCCUAUGUAUGUAAUCGAUAAUGUAAAGCUUUUGCAUGCCCCAGUCAUCUUGAAAUACAUAAAAGAACACAUACCUUAGAGAAAGACAUGAAUAUAAUCAGUGUGGUAAAUCAUUUGCAUAUCUCAAUGGUCUUCAAAGGCAUAAAAGAACAUAUACUGGAGAAAAAUUCUAUGAAUAUAUUUAGUGUGUUACAGCCUUUUAUGUCACAAUAGCUUUUGAAUACAUUAAAGAACCUGUAUUGGCCAGAAACCCAAUGAAUGUACUCAUUGUGGUCAAACCUUUGCCUGUCAAAAAGUCUAUAAAAGAAUAAAUGAACACGUACUGGAGAACACAUAAUCUGAGGAUUAGCAUGUAUUCACACACUGAGAACUCCUUAAUAUUCUAUUCAUACUCUGUCUUGAUGUAAUUCAUUAUCAAGUCACAGUACAAACUGGGGAACACAUACUCUGUGAAUUACCAUGUGUUCAUUUCACUCAUUGAGAAUUCAAUAGUUUACUCAUACCCUGUUUCGAUGUAAUUCUAUAUCAAAUUGCUAUAGACACAUGAAGGUUCCCUCUCAACUGCUUGUGAAGGCCCAAAAUUAGAGCCUGUUUUUAUCCUAACAGAUAUUCAGAAUAUCUAAAUGUACUUUUUUUCUCUGUCUCUCUCUCUCUUUUUUUUUUUUUUUUUUGGUAAUAUGAGGUUACCUGCCAAGUGGUUGCCUUUGGGAUACUUGAGCUAGAGUGGUUUUAGUACCUAAACAACAUAAUGCUAAUGACUUGAUGCCUCAAAGUCUUAAAACAAUUGACUUUUCAAGUUGUCAUUUGUAUCAUGUUAA